CAGAGAGGAAGGCGUGGAUCACGGAGGCACGAACAUCUAAUCGGAAGAUAAAUUGCAGUAAAAUAUUGCGAAGCAAUAUAACUGCUCAGAAUAAGUGCAGAGAAUCAAGGAGUUUGGAUACUUUCACUUCCCCUCUCUCUCUCUCUCUCCCACUUGUCCUCCCUCACCCUUUUCUUACUCUGAAAGGCUCCCACCACAGAAGAUACAAAUGGAACACACAACUGACAGCAACACUGGGCUGUUCACUGAACGGCACCUAUUUGGAAAUGACAGUUCCCUCUUCAACAUUUCCCCUGGCCACUUACCCUCCCUUUCACCGAUAAUUGAAAAGUCCAUCAACGUCACGUCCAUAGUCAUCCUCUUCAUCACAAUGGUGUCGCUGGGCUGUACCAUGGAGGUUUCAAAAAUCAAGGCGCACAUCCUGAAACCAAAAGGGGUGGCUAUAGCAGUGGUGGCCCAGUUCGGAAUAAUGCCCCUGACUGCCUUCUUGCUGGCCAAGGUGCUACAGCUGAGGCCGUUGGAGGCCGUGGCUGUGCUGAUCUGUGGGUGUUGUCCCGGAGGAAACCUCUCCAACCUCCUGGCCUUGGCUCUGAAGGGAGACAUGAACCUCAGUAUUGUCAUGACCACCUGCUCUACCACCCUGGCCCUGGUUAUGAUGCCCCUGCUGCUCUUCCUGUACUGCCAGGGCUUCUCUGACCUGGGCUCGGCUGUUCCGUACGUUGGAAUCACUGUGGCCCUGGUCAUGACCCUGGUCCCCUGUGGCGUCGGCGUCCUCAUCAAUUACUACAGGCCACAGUACUCCAAGACCAUCACUAAGGUCGGUCUGUCCAUCUUGUUGAUGGCUACGAUAGUGAUCGGGGUGUUGGCGGGUGUGUCCCUAGGAGGCACGUCUAUAGUAAAGACCAUAUUUUCUCCACCGCUGAUGGCCACCGCUGCGCUCAUGCCCCUGAUUGGCUACACAUUCGGAUACGCCCUCUCUUACCUCUUCAGACUCAACGGACCAAGCCGGAGAACAAUUGCCAUGGAGACAGGGUGUCAGAACAUCCAGCUGUGUUCAACCAUUCUGAAGGUAGCGUUCCCUCCAGACGUGAUAGGCGCCCUCUACCUGUUUCCUGGUGUCUACAUAAUGUUCCAGGUGGGAGAGGCCCUUCUGCUCAUUGUCCUGUUCUGGGUUCACCAGAGGUUCUUCCACACACCCAAAACCGACAAGCGGAUGUACAAUCCUGUGGACAAACAACAGGAGGAGGUGAAGGAACCCCAGGAGGUUGCCGUCUGACUCUGAAUGUUCCAAAAUGUUGUCUCUGAGCAUCCAGACAGACUCAAGAUCUUAUCAGCUCAGAGCACAGUCUGCAUGGACCCAGGUGAUACCUAAUAUCAAUCAAUCACGUUUAUUUAUAAAGCCCUUUUUACGUAUGCAAUUGUCACAAAGUGCUUUUAAAAAAGACCCAGACUGAAAACCCAAGGAGCAAGAUACAACAGUGUUGAAGCACAGUGGCUAGGAAAAACUCCCUAAAAGGGGCUGAAAUGCAGGCAGAAACCUAGAGAGG